AUGUCUUCAUUGCCAACGACACCUAAUACAACUACAUCGCCUCCAUUAACGACGACAACGACAACGCCAAUAUCGGCUACUGUGGCAUCUGCCGAGAAGACGCAUGGAAUAGCAAUCGAUGAGCCGUCGGUGGCUCAUCAAGCAAUUCUAUUUAUUCUCGAUGUGCUCAUUCGUAAUAAUCAAGCCAUGCCUAUUGUGAAGCUUUAUGAUAGCUUCGCUGAUCGAACAUUUACACCACAAAUGUUACGUGCUGUUGGUGGAAAUGAGCAAGGAUUACAACAAUUCUUGUUUCGCUAUCCAUCAUUAUUUACUGUAAACAAUGAUACUGUAUCAGCAAAUAGUGCAACACCUGUACGUACAUUAAAUUCAUCAUCAAAAUCUCAUCAUAAUCGACCUAAAUUAACAGCAUCACCCGCCUCAAGUAAUGAGGCGAGUGAAAAUGAUUUAAUGACAACAUCAACAAAUAAUAUUAGUAAUACAAACAAUAAUAAUAAUGAAACAGUAUGGGAUGCUAAAACCAUGCGUGAAAUUGAACAAGAAGCAAUAAAUUUUUUUAAAAAACAAUUAAAUAAACGUGAAGAAGAAUGGUUACCUAUAGUUAGUGUUGCUGGACAUGCAUCACAAGCAUCAGCUGAUGUACGAAAAUAUGUUGGACCACAAAAUGAAUUUAAAAUAUUUCUUUUACGUUAUCCAAAUAUUUUUAUUGUUCGUGAUGAAUUUUGUGGUCUUAAAGGUAAAGCUGAUCUACCUGGUAUACCAUUUCCACCACCAUCACCACCACCAAAACGACGUACAACAUUAUUAAAUACAACAGGAAAUAAUUCAAUGUUAACACGUUCAACAUCAUUUAAAUCAGGUACACGUACAAUAUUAAGUGGUAAUUCAAUGCCAACUACACCAACAAGUGGAACAAAUACAUCAAUAUUAACAUCAUCAUCAAUAACAAGAAAUACAAAUCAACGUUUAACAUCAAAUGAAGUUAAAGCUGUUCAUUAUGUUAUGCGUUUAUUACAUAAAAAUGGUCGUACAUUACUUCAAAAUAUACCUAAUUUAAUAAUUCGUGCACCAGAUUAUUUAACACAAAUAAUUGGUUUUACACGUGAUGAUUUAAUUUUAUUUUUUAAACGACAUAAUGCUGUUUUUCAAUUACAUACAGAUGGAACAGUUAGUGUUAAAUCUGAUGCUGUACGAGCAUUAUUAAAUAAAAAUGAUACGAUAAAUAUGAAUAAUAAUAAUAAUAAUAAUCUUCAAACAUCAUCAUCAUCAACACAAUUAUCACAACAAACAUCAAAUGCAAUAAAUGCAUCGGGUGUUGUUAUACGUAUAUUUCCAAAAUAUGGUAUAUUAAAUAUGGAUAAUAAUGAACAAGUUUUUUUUGAUAUACAAUCAUGUCAUUUUGAAACAUAUAAUGAUCUUACAUGUGUUCUUAAUCCCGGCGAUUCAAUGAAUUUUACUGCUAUACUUGGUCCAAAAGAAGGUUCUACAAAAUGGAAAUCAUUAAAAACUUUACCACGUCAAAAUAUUCGUCCAACAAUUGUACAUUCAGCAAGUAUAAAUAAUUUAUCAUCAAUAACAUCAACUAAUGGUGGUGGUGGUUAUAUAUCACCACCAUCCUAUGAAACAUAUACAAAUUCAUCAAAUGGUUAUGCACCAAUUGAUCAAGAUUUAAAUAUAUAUCAAAUUGGAAAUGAUUUAAAUACAAGUGUAUAUGAUGAAAUAAUUGAAAAUAAUGGUGAACAAUUAUCUCCAAUAUCUCUUGUUAAUUCAAUAAAUUCAAAUCGACAUAGUCGUAUUGGUUUACCACCACUUAAUGAAGAACAAUGUCCAUUACCAAAAAUGGCUGGUGGUCUUGAUGCUGAAGUACUUCGUCGUAAUUUACAAGAAGUUAUACAACGAACAAAUACAAUAUCAUUACGUGAACAAUUUGAUGAAAUAGGUCGAUAUAUAUCACAAGGUUGUCAAACAACAUCAACAGGAGAAAUUUUAGCAACAAAUAUACAUAUUGAAUAA